CGCCGGUCAGAGCUCCCUCGUCGCUUCAAAUGGGAGGAGUUUUGAGCAAGCUCCACCCCCCGCAGCCCGCCCCCGAUCCGGAAGCCAGGAGCCGGCGCCCACCCGCGAGCCCGGCUUUCCUCGCAAGACGCGCGCGCCCCACAAGCCCCGCCCCGCCGGCCCCCUCAGCCCGCCGUGAUCCCAUUCAGCCCUCAGUCCCCACUCGUUUCCUCGGAUCCCGUCGGAGGCCUUCCCGCCGGGUCUGUGGGACUUCACACCACUUUGGCAUAACACGUCCAAGACGAUACCCAAUCCAGCAGGCCCAGUAUUCCUGUGUUCUUCCCACGCUGUGCCGGAAUGGCGGUCACAGGAAGCGUGUGCUGUCUUGUGGUAAUUCCAGAGUGGUGUGCAGGCCUUCGACAGUGAGGAUCGCUCCUCCCGGGAGCAACCUGGCUCGUUUUCCAAUAGCAGCGCAGAUCCCUAAGGCCCCAGACCCGUGGUCAAAGGAGGCUGUUCUGCUUGCCCUCGAACUUUGGAAGAGGAAGAAAAGGACAGUGGAGGAGGAGGAAGACCAAAUAUCUGCUGCUGGUCAGGAGGACAAAAGAAGGUGCCAUGACAGCAGUGGGAGUGGCCAUUCAGCUUUUAAGCCCGAGGUGGCCAACGGAGUCCCUGCUGCUUUUGUGCCUGACCAUCACCUUGGCCUUUGGAGGUAUGACCCUGACCACCAGCAGCAGGACCAGUAGCUCAGUCCUUGGCGGCACCACCUCUUCGCCCUUCACAUCCAGGGUGUCAGCAGGUCCCACUGGCAGUGGUGGCUUUCAGAUGAGCAUGGCUGCCCCACACAGCAGCUCCACCACUGGGACAUUCGGCGUUGGGUCAGGACGUAGUGGGAGAACUGGUCUCAAGAACCCUUUCUGGGGAGGGUUGAAUCCGAAAUCCCUGGGUGGAGUUGGCCAGAGCACACCCUCUACCUUCCACGUGGCCAGCACACCUCAGGACACGUCUGAGAUUGCAGCCACGACCUCAGGCUUUGGAGCUACAACCCAGAUCACCAGCAGCAGGACCAGUUGCUUAGUGUAUGGCAGUACCAGCCCAUCGCCCUUCAUGUCCGGGAUGCCAGCAGGCCCCGCUGACAGUGGGGGCUUUGGGAUGAGCGAGGCUGCCUCCCACAGCAGCUCCACCACCAGGACGUUCCACUUUGCGUCAAGGAGGAGUGGCAAAAGUGGUGGUACAGCCCCUUUCGAAGGAGGCUUGAUUUAGAACUCCCUGGGUGCAGCUGGCCAGAGCACACCCUCUGUCUGCCAUGUCGCCAGCACACCUCACAACACAUCUGUUUGCAGCUACCACCUCGGGCUUUGGAGCUACGACCCAGACCACCAGCAGUGGGACCAGUAGCUCAGUGUUUGACAGCAGCACCGCAUCAUCCUUCACGUCUGGGGUGUCAGCAGGCCCUGCUCACAGUUGGGGCUUUGGGAUGAGCGUGGCUGCCCCCCACAGCAGCUCCACCACUGGGGGGCAUUCAGCUUUGGGGAGGACAGAGUGGGAGCAGUGGUGGCACAGCUCCUUUCUGGGGUGGCUUGAGUAAGAACUCCCUGGGUGCAGCUGGCCAGAGCACACCCUUUGCCUUCCACGUGGCCAGCAAGCCUCAGAACACGUCUGUGUUUGCACAUCAGAUUUGGAAUGGGCUCGGUGCCGGAGUCCAGCUCCAGCUGAGGUGUGGGUCACGAAGGAAAGGACAGCGUCAGCGAGUGAGAUGAAUGAGGAGACAAAACACACAAUUAAAGUUGUAACAUCUCCUGA